GUUUCUCCUUUUGCUGUUUGCGCAAUGCUGCAAAAGCAUGCACCAGACCGGCGCAUCCUCCGGGAACUUCCCGCGAGUUCUGCCCCGGAAAAGAUUUCAGGCAGAUGCCUCCGACCUCUUCCUUUCGAACACCAUCAGUGCCAAAAGAUUCGCCAGGUUGCUGGCCAAUGCCAAAGCCUCAGGUGCGUCCGUGGACCGCACCUUCAAAGAAGAUUCGCGCAACGUGGCUCGUGAUGUGCGCAGGAAGAUGCGCAAGAACAAGCCGUGGCCCAGGGUUUACUUGGCCAGCGUGCCGUGCCUGAACUGUAAAACCGGCCAGAUAGAGACCAUGAAGGUGCCGAUGUGGUUACCGCGCGAGCUGGUCCACAUGCUGUCAGAGACAACGGAUCCUGCUCGCUUGCUCUUGCGGGAACGGUGCAGCCCACAGAUCCUUGAGCACCUCACCGUGAUCGAGAAGAACAUGUCCUUUCAGGCAGGCUCCGUGAUACCACUAUCCCUCUGGAUGGAUGGUGUCCCCUUUAAUAAUAAUAGGAGCAAAAGCAUUGAGCUGUGCUCCUUGGCCUUGAUUGGACAAGGCUCAGAUGUGCGGCUGCCCAUCUUCAUGAUCCCAAAGGACUUUAUAGCUUCAGGCAUCACGAUCAAAGCCUUGUUCGAAAUUGUUCGAUGGUCCUUUGAGCAGCUGAUGUGCUGCAAGAUGCCAUCAACCAGACAUGACGGAUCUCCGUUCCUGAGCAGUGACUGUCGUCGAGCUCGGCUUGCAGGCUCGGAUAUUCCACCCGCUGCACUAUGUCAGGUACGUGGAGAUUGGAUGUGCUACAAGCAACACUUCGACUUGGCCGGCGAAUGCCGGGGCCUCGUUCCUUUCGGUUUGGAAGUAGCAGAAGAAGUGCUCGGGGGCGGACCCGAGGAGAAUGCUGCUAAGACAGCAGCACGUCUCCUGUGCGAAUGCUACAACAACCUGUCCCGUGAAACGUUCGACAAGGAAAAUCUGCAGAGGAAUUGCGAUUUAUUUUCCCUGCAGUAUGUCGCUCUCUCCACCUGA